AUGAGUACAGUAACAGAAGAAAUUAUUAACUGCGUCCUUAAAAAAGAGCAACUUUAUCAACAAAGUGAAGACACUAAUUUCCAGACACCUAUUGGCACAGCUUCCGCGACGGCAGGUAACUUGUCACAUAAUCAUUUAACAUUGGUAUGGGACACUACCUACACGCAUCAUACGGCACCAAACAAUCGACUUGUUGAAUCUGGUGUCGGCACACUAACAAGACAGAUGGAAGGUGAAAAGUCAUUCCGCCUACAGGAUGACGACAAUCAACUAGAUUUCCACUUAACUCUUCGACCUCCUUGUCUUCCUCUUCAACCCAAUUGUACGAACCGUACAUCAGCUUACGAUGUCGUUGGUCAACCAAAAUUAUACAUUUUGACAGGAGAGAUAAAGGAAAAUUCUUCUUCAGCAUCAACAACGACACCACCGCCACCUAACGCUGAAAUUUUCAACAUACCAGCUAAUAUACAAUAUAUUCGCGAUCAACUAACCGAUCACGAGAAUGAAUUAGCAAGACUAAUUCAAAUAUUACAAUGUGAUUCCCGAAAGGCGAAGCACGAACGAGCUAUCGCAUCCGCUCAAUAUAAUGGAUGGUUAGCGGCUUCCCAAUUAAAUUUACCCCAGUGCACGAAACUCCAAGCUUUGGGUAGAACGGCAGUUGUCAUACAAUGCAAAAAAUUAAAUGUCACAUUUGACACUGUAGUGACCUCUUGCGGUCCGCAACCAAAAUUCCAAAAUUUUACGAUAAACCUUGAUGGAUGGGAACUUGUAAAAUUUUCACCCUGUUAUUGGACCAAUGGAUUUGUCAACUUUAAUGGCAAGCCGUACGCAUUCUGUAAUAACACCUGGAACCCGAUCGAGGCAAAUAUAAUUUUACCAGAGCAGUCACUAGCCCACUCCUUUCGUUACGAAGAUGUCAAAUCUGAUUAUGAACAUCGAAGCAACCCAGCAUACAGUGAUACCAUGCUUAACCACAUGAAUAUCAUGGCCGAUAUUGCGGCAGCAAUGAACGAACACUCACAAGAUAUAUCUUUGGUACACGAAAAAUUGAGUACCACCAAUGUUUUGAUAACAGCAUCCAAUGUUGGGACCUAUACCAGCUGGUGGGUAAAACCCAAGGAUUAUUUUUACAUCGGUAUACUCUGUGUUUCCGGUGUGGUCCUCAUGCGUAUCUGCUAUUGCUUUGGAUUUUUCGAAAUGAUUCGGAGUUUAUGCUGUCUCAAAUUGAAAACUUUGACCACAACAACUUUCGGAUCUAUCGAAAUGAAUGACAGAUUACGGGACGUAAUCUCACGCAGCCGGGAGUGA